GAUAGAGAGAGAUAGACUAGUCCACUCGAGUCUAUGGUCAUCGGCUUCUUAGAGAAAAUCCCUUCAAGAUAAGAAAGAAAGAAUAUACAACAAAGAGAGAACUGAUCAAUUCUAUCUUUUCUCUCUUCUUCCCCAACCAUGAAUAUCCCUGAUGAUUCCUUCUCUGUAAUGAUCAGCAACUCCCAAUAUCCCAACAACCCAUCAUACCCUAACCCUAAUCCCACUCCAAAUCCAUCCAAAAGAAAGAGAAAUCUCCCCGGAGCUCCAGAUCCAGAUUCAGAAGUUGUAGCACUUUCACCAAAAUCACUCAUGGCAACGAACCGAUUCGUUUGUGAGAUCUGCAAAAAGGGUUUUCAAAGGGACCAGAAUUUGCAACUACACAGGAGAGGGCAUAAUCUUCCAUGGAAGCUCAAGAGAUCUGAUAAGGAUUUGAUAAUUAAGAGGAAGGUUUACGUCUGCCCAGUGAAUGGCUGCGUUCAUCAUGAACCUUCUCGGGCACUAGGUGACUUGACUGGGAUUAAGAAACAUUACAGUCGGAAACAUGGAGAAAAGAAGUGGAAAUGUGAUAAAUGUUCAAAGAAAUAUGCAGUUCAAUCCGAUUGGAAAGCCCAUAGCAAGAUCUGUGGGACAAGAGAAUAUAAAUGCGAUUGCGGGACUAUCUUCUCAAGGAAGGAUAGCUUCACUACUCACAGGGCUUUCUGUGAUGCAUUAUCUGAUGAAGCUAUAAGAUCGUACACAACAUUUCCAACGCCGGCGACAUAUGGGUCUGUAAAUAUUGUCUCCGGUGGUGGCGUAGAGGAUGAUCAAGAGGAGCUUCUUAUAAGGUCGAAGCAAUUUAAACUUCCAUUGUGGGCAGAUCAUCUAAACCAUCAUGGAAUUGGAAAUGCUCAGGAAUUAAUAAUUGAUAAUGGGUUAUCCAAUAAUUGGUCGACAUCGCCUGCAAUGUUUCCGGCGAAUAUGAUGCUAAAGGAGGAAGACGAUUGCAAAGGGUUUUUAUCGAACGCCAUACGUGCGGCGGCGGAGGAAAGUUCUUACUACUACGGAAAUGAUACUACUACAAGCUUCAUGUCUUCUUCUUCGUCGUCGUCUGCGACAGCCCUACUGCAAAAAGCAGUAGAAAUGGGGUCCACAACUCCAAACAAUGUUUCGUCUAUUUUCUGCAACAGUAGUAUGAACGGAGUAAUGAGUUCGAAUUUGAUGUCAAAAAUGGCCGAUGAACAACAACACAAUUACAUGAUGAGUAACGGUGGAAGAAUUAUAAAUAAUGAGGAUGGGACGACUUCGUUUGUUAAUUCGAAUAAUCCUUUUGCAAUGAUUCGUGAAGCCGUGGAGAGGAGCACGACCAGAGAUUUUCUCGGCAGCAGCGCCGCCAAGAUUGCCUCUUUCGGUGCGGCGGCGGCGGCCAUGUCCGGCCAAUGUAAUACCGGAAGUCUUAAUUAAUUGAUAUGUUUUGUCUUGUAUAAACUUUUAUUAUUAUUAUUAUUAUUAAUUAAAAAAAAAGAAUUUGAUAUUUUA